CAUUCAAAGGAAAGAGAGCGAGAAGGCGCUCUCCUUGGGAUCCGUCACUCCAUUCUCAUCCCCGCUCUCCACCUCUCGCUCUCAAACCCCACUCUCUUAGAUCCAGAGCAAGAACCAGAACUCCCAUUUCCUACUCCUUCCCUUCUCCUUCCGUAUAACCCUAGAGUUAGCUUCCUGUUCUUGGUUCUUGAUCGAUGGCCUUCGCGUUCGCGGGGAUUCGCUUCUCCGCCGUGCAAGCUCCGGGGCUGUCACGUCGGUCUGGGAUUCAUGGAGAUCGCCAGAACGGCGGGAAUCACUCACUCCUAUUCUUGAAGAAGGGUUCUUUCCCGCGGAACAUGCUUGGUGGAAAUUCUUCUUAUGAACCUGAUUCUGCAUCUAUGACUGUUUUUGCAUCUGGAAAGGUGUUGAUUCCAGGCGGUGAAAGUGAUGGUUUCUCAUCUUCUGCAGAUUCAACUGGGAACCCUGAAGUAGCUCCUGAUGACGUGCAGGUGUUACAAGAAUCAAGAGGUCUACCCAUUGAAGAUGAGGAUAAGGUAGCAGCUAGGCAGACAACGACGUCUUCAGAAGCUAUGGAUGAUGAAAUCAUGAAUCAAGGUGUUAAACAGUCUUUACAUUCUCGAGCCAAUCAGACCAUUGAAAAAGUUGAGGAGAAACCAAGAUUUAUUCCUCCACCUGGUACUGGACAAAGAAUUUAUGAAAUUGACUCAUCUUUGAAGGUCAUCGUGCACAUCUUGAUUAUCGGUAGGCUGCUCUUUGCUAUAUGUUUUACAAGAUGUUUUGUUCCAUUGUGGGGAUGUGAAUUUGGUAAUUUCUGA